AUGAUCCUGGAUUCUCUCCGGCUGUGCCCUGAAUGCCAGCGCAUUUGGCAUAAGAACGUGGCACAGCAGCAUCUCUGUAGGCUGAGAGGGAGGGUCGUUUCCCGGGAACGAGGCCCCGGGCGGCAGGGAGAGAGCGAACUGAGUGUCCCUGCCAUGCUCUCGGGACAGCAGACGCGGCUGCAGCUGGAGCAGGCCUUGGGGAGAAGCCCCAGGUCGCGGGGCGUGCCCGGGAGCGAGCCCGGCGUGGGAGGAAGCUGGACCGGGCAAACCCCAGCGUCCCCCCGGCUCCACGCCUGCUGGCAGUGUGCCUUCAGCCGGGCGUCCGAACACUCGUGUCCCCUGCCGACCCCAGAGGGGCCCGCAGGCUCUGCCGAGGACAGUGAGGAAUCAGUGACGUUUGAAGAUGUAGCGAUUAACUUCACCCAGAAAGAGUGGGCCCUGCUGGACACAUCCCAGAAAACCCUGUUCAGAAAUGUGAUGCUGGAAAACAUCACCCACCUGGUCUCCGUAGGGUAUCAGAUCAGCAAAUCAGAGGUGAUUUCCCAGCUAGAACAAGGAAAAGAGCUGUGGAGUGAAGUAACAGGAUGCCUCCUAGGCCAGAGUCCAGAUGGUGAAAAUCCGCUUAGACAACAAGAAAUGAUAUUCAUGCAAAGUGUCUACGGGAAGCACAUAUCUGCCACCAUGCCAAUGGUUCCUCACACGCAAGGGGAUCCUGUUGGAUGGACUGAUUUCAGUGAUGAAUUUACUCCUAGAUCUUCACCUAAACAUUUAUCAAUUCACUUAAGGAGGAAACGUAAUGUCAGCAAACAGUGUGGAAAUUCACUUAGUCAAGGGUCAUUCCUUGACGGACAGGAUCACAUUCACACUAGAGGUAAAUCAUGUGAAUGUCCUCUCUGUGGGAAAGGCUUUAGUCAUUCCUCUAGCCUCAGACGACACAAGAUGAUUCAUACUGGAGAGAAACCAUAUAAAUGUCAUCUCUGUGGAAGUGGCUUUUUGCAAAGUUCUAACCUUAGAAAUCACAAGCGGAUCCACACUGGAGAGAAACCAUAUAAAUGUCAUGUGUGUGGGAAAGUCUUCAGUCAAAGUUCCUACCUGAAAGAACAUGAGAAAACUCACACAGGAGAAAAGCACUAUGAAUGUCAUCAGUGUGGGAAAGCCUUUAGUCAGAGCUCUGGACUUAGUCAGCACAAGAGAAUCCACACUGGAGAGAAACCACACAUAUGUCUUCUGUGUGGGAAGGCCUUCAGUCACAGUUCUGAAUUGACUCGGCACAAAAGGACCCACACAGGAGAGAAACCCCAUAAAUGUCAGUGGUGUGGGAAUGCCUUCAGUCAAUAUGCAAACCUGAGAAGACAUGAGAGAACCCACACUGGAGAGCAGCCCUAUGAAUGUCAGUGGUGUGGGAAAUGCUUCAGUCACGGCUCUUCCCUGAGACGACAUGAGGGAACUCAGCACUGGAGAGAAAGUCAGGAGGGCUCUCAGUAG